AUGCCCCGUUACAAAAAGCAUCCCUGGGAGAAGUUUUGGAAAGAGAGGAGGGGGCACAAGGGGAAGCUUGAGGGUGGUUGGCCUGAUGUUGGUGGUAGUGCCGGUGAGGGUGGUUGGCCUGAUGCUGGUGGUAGUGCCGGUGAGGGUGGUUGGCCUGAUGCUGGUGGUAGUGCCGGUGAGGGUGGUUGGCCUGAUGCUGGUGGUAGUGCCGGUGAGGGUGGUUGGCCUGAUGCUGGUGGUAGUGCCGGUGAGGGUGGUUGGCCUGAUGCUGGUGGUAGUGCCGGUGAGGGUGGUUGGCCUGAUGCUGAUGGUAGUGCCGGUGAGGGUGGUUGGCCUGAUGCUGGUGGUAGUGCCGGUGAGGGUGGUUGGCCUGAUGCUGAUGGUAGUGCCGGUGAGGGUGGUUGGCCUGAUGCUGAUGGUAGUGCCGGUGAGGGUGGUUGGCCUGAUGCUGGUGGUAGUGCCGGUGAGGGUGGUUGGCCUGAUGCUGGUGGUAGUGCCAGUGAGGGUGGUUGGCCUGAUGCUGAUGGUAGUGCCGGUGAGGGUGGCUGGCCUGAUGCUGGUGGUAGUGAGGAAGAUAUUGCACGGAUACACGGCCCAGCGCUGCAAGACCUCGUUCCUGAAACCCAUACUCAAUAG